AACCACUUAGGGUUUUUUUAUAAGCGUGGGCGGCGGUAGAGGGAGACGGAGAGAGAGCGGGAGAGGGGAUGGCGGUGGACAUGGGGAAGCUGCGGUGGGGAGAGCUCGAUGACGACGCGGAGGACCUCGACUUCUUGCUGCCGCCGCGGGUGGUGGUCGGGCCGGACGAGAAUGGUGUGAAGAAGGUGAUCGAGUACCGGUUCGACGACGAGGGUAACAAGGUUCGGGUCACCACCACCACCCGCGUCCGCAAGCUCACCCGCGCCCGCCUUAGCAAGCGCGCCCUCGAGCGUCGCUCCUGGCCCAAGUUCGGCGACGCCGUCCACGAGGACGCCGGCGCCCGGCUCACCAUGGUCUCCACCGAGGAGAUCCUCCUCGAGCGCCCCCGCCCCCCCGGCAGCAAAGCGGAAGAACCAAAGGUUGCAGGGGAUCCAUUAGCUGCCAUGGGCAAAGCAGGUGCUGUCCUCAUGGUAUGCAGGACUUGUGGUAAGAAGGGUGACCACUGGACAUCGAAGUGCCCUUACAAGGAUCUGGCGCCACAAACAGACAGCUUUAUCGACAAGCCUCCUGGUGCUGAAGCUGCAGCUUCCACCACAGGCACUGGCAAGGGCACCUACGUGCCUCCUAGCAUGAGAGCAGGUGCAGAGAGGAGCGGGACAGAGAUGAGGCGUCGUAACGAUGAGAACUCGGUUCGUGUGACCAAUCUGUCGGAGGACACCCGUGAGCCUGACCUGUUGGAACUCUUCCAUACUUUUGGCCCUGUCACUCGUGUGUAUGUUGCUGUGGACCAGAAGACCGGGUUUAGUCGAGGAUUUGGCUUUGUCAACUUCGUCAACAGGGAAGAUGCAGAGAGAGCCAUCAACAAGCUUAAUGGCUAUGGCUACGACAACCUUAUCUUACGGGUGGAGUGGGCGACUCCAAGGCCGAAUUGAGACUCUAAUUUCUGCAAUUUGUUUAGCAGAUUCUGUUCUUAACAUUUAGCAGAUUCAGUGUUUUUGUCAUGUGGCUUUAUAAUUUUGUUUAUGGGUGGAGCGGGCGACUCCGAGGCCGAAUUGAGACUCUACUUUCUUCAAGUUGUUUAGCAGAUUGUCCUUAAAGAUGAUCACUGUUUUUGUCAUGUUGCUUUAUACUUGUCCUAGAAAUUUGUUUUAGAUUUGAAUUAUCUUGGCAAGACGACAAUGCAUAUUUAUGUUGAGGA